AUGGAAAUUCCAACAUCGACCAUCGCAGAAAGCACGGAGCUACGGGGACUGAACCUCAUCGCCGCCCAUUCGCAUAUCAGAGGUCUCGGUGUCGAUCCGGACUCACUCCAGCCUCGGAUAUUAUCAGAGGGCCUUGUGGGCCAGGAGAAGGCCCGGAAGGCCGCAGCGGUGAUUCUGCAGAUGGUAAAAGAAGGCAGGAUUGCUGGCUACGCCGUUCUGAUCGCGGGACCUCCCAGCACAGGAAAGACAGCAAUUGCAAUGGGCAUGGCACAAUCUCUUGGAACGGAUGUACCUUUCACAAUGCUUUCUUCUUCUGAAAUCUUCUCAAUGCAAAUGUCGAAAGCAGAAGCCUUGACCCAGGAGUUCCGGAAGUCCGUUGGCGUCCGUAUUAGAGAAGAACGUGAAGUGAUUGAAGGCGAGGUCGUUGAGAUUCAGAUCGAUCGGAGUGCCACUGGUUGCAAUAAACAAGGGAAGCUCACGAUCAAGACCACCGACAUGGAAACACUGUACGAAAUGGGAACCAAGAUGAUCGAUUCCAUGCUCAAGGAACGGUUGAUUUCAGGAGAUGUGAUUUCGAUUGACAAGUCCUCAGGUAAGGUCAUAAAGCUCGGCCGGUCAUACGCACGCUCUCGAGACUACGACGCAAUAGGCGCCGAUACCAAGUUUGUCCCAUGCCCCGAAGGCCAGGUCCAAGUUCGCAAGGAAACCCUCCACACCGUUAGCCUUCAUGAAAUCGAUGUGGUCAAUUCGCGUUCAAAGGACUUUCUGGCUCUCUUCUCUGAUAGUACAGGCGAGAUAAGGAGUGAAGUUCGGCAACAAACCAAUAUAACGGUGGCUGAAUGGGAAGAUCAGGGCAAGGCAGAGAUUAUACCUGGCGUGCUGUUCAUUGACGAGGUACAUAUGCUCGAUAUUGAGUGUUUCUCCUACAUCAACCGUGCUCUUGAAGCAAAGCUGGCCCCUAUCGUCAUAAUUGCCAGUAAUCGCGGCCAGGCACGCAUCCGUGGAACUACCUAUAUCUCUCCUCACGGCCUACCUGUCGAUUUCCUUGACCGGGUUGUGAUCGUCAGCACGCAGCUAUACUCGGCCGACGAAAUCCGUCAAAUUCUAGCCAUCCGAGCGCAGGAAGAAGAAGUUGAUCUCUCGCCUCAUGCUCUAACACUCCUCACCAAAAUUGGCCAGGAGUCGAACCUACGAUAUGCCAUCAACAUAAUUACUACCUCCCAUCUCUUGAGCCAAAAACGCAAGGCUAAGGAGGUCACUGUCGAUGACGUGCAGGGCAGCUUCCGGUUGUUCUACGACCCGGCUCGGAGCGUGAAUUUCGUCAAACAGUAUGAGCAGAGCUUAAUUGGUGACCAGGGCACCGUUAAACUCUCUACUGCCACCAAUAUCGAUGCCACUGAACUUUCAUUAUGUAGUGAAAAAGCGCCCCGGUAG